AUGUCAGUUCAUGCAACACCCACGAGAUUUGCACUGGCAAGCAUUAAAGCGUAUUUUUCGGGAUUUAAAGGGUACAUUAUGGCCUCCAACUUUAUUAUGGACCCUUUGAUUCAAUCCUUUUUUCUCCUCGAAAGCUUGCUUCUUUUAUCUGCCGAAAUUCUUCAUUACGUCAAUAGCAGCCGGAUCUUUAUGCGAAUCAUUCUUUUCUUACUAAGCCCAUCCGAGUUAAGACGUCAGGAAAGGACUGGCAAGAAAGCCAUUGGCUGGGUCUCAAAAAUGAAAGCAUAUACUGAUGGCAGUAUUUAUAGGUACAAGGCCCGCCUCGUCGCCAAAGGGUAUACUCAGAUUGGGUGA